GCUAGCUACUUAGCCUCGUGCCGAGGAAAUGCAUAUUUGAAAGAGAAGUUUUCUAUCCACUUCUCCAAUGCUUGCAAUUUGACUAGCCUGCGCUGGACGUGGCAAUACUUUAUAUACCGUGUACCCCUCGAGCGGACAGGGAUCAUUGACGAAGCUUCCGAGUCCCUUGCAAAGUUUCCCCAAACCGAAAUUCUUGCUUUCAGCGCAUCAUGACGAACCAAUCCGUUUCUUCCAUUCUGGAAGACCUCACCGCAGCAGGCAAGGCCUUUGACAGCGAUCAGCCCGGUGCACGAGAAGCGCUGAUUGAUCGCAGUCGCGCCCUGGUCGCGGCAUUAGAAAUGCCGAGCGAGUUCAUCCAACGCAGUUUCUGGGCCGAGCCCGCUAUGUCCGCCACUAUUCGCAUUGCGGUCGACACCAAGCUAUUCCAGCUACUCCGAGAUGCUGAUGAGGCAGGGUUGAGUCCGGCCGAUCUCGCCCAGAAGACCGGCGUGGAUGUAGUACUACUGCAGCGCUUAACACGCCACCUAGUGGCGAUGUAUCUGAUCAGCUUCCGUGACGGGGUCUUCUACGGUACUCCUCUAAGCAACCAGCUCGCCGCAGAGAACUACCAAGACAGCAUAUCGUUCUGCUACGACACCGCCCGACCAUCCUUCAACAAAUUCCCCGACUACUUCCAGCAAACCGAGUACAAGUCCCCGGUGAUUGGCAGCCUUAACGGCCCCUUCCAACACGCCCAUUCCACUCAGCUGCACUUCUUCGAAUGGCUUACCACCAACCCUCCAAACCUCAAACACUUCAACUCAUUCAUGAGCGCCUACCGCGCCGGGAAAGCGAACUGCAUCAGCGACGUCCUACUGGUGGAUGUCGGAGGCGGCAGUGGCCACGAUGUCGCGCAUUUCAUCGCACAAUAUCCGACUCACCCGGGCCGUGUGGUUCUGCAGGACCGCGAGCCCGUCAUCAGCGCAUUGGAAGCGACCUCGCUGUCCCUGUACACCGCAUCUGCACAUGACUUCUUCACGCCGCAGCCAAUAUGUGGGGCACGGGCGUACUACCUGCACUCGAUUCUUCACGAUUGGGAUGAUGAGCGCGGGGUGCAGAUUCUGCGGAACCUGGUGCCGGCGUUGCGGCGGGGUUACUCGCGGGUGCUGUUUAAUGAGAUCGUGGUGAGCGAGGAGAGGCCGACGUUGGCGGCCACGAGCAUGGAUAUGAUGAUGCUGGCGCAUUUUGCGGUCCGGGAGCGGACGGAGGCGGAGUGGAGGGCGAUUUUGGCGGAGGCGGGCUUGAAGGUCGUGCAUAUUUACACGUAUCCUGGUGUGGCGGAGAGUUUGAUUGAGGCGGAGUUGGCUUGA